AUGUUCAGAUAUAAAUGUCAAAUUUGCAAGAGAUAUUUUUCAACUCCCAGCGGUUUGAGACAGCACGCUAAUGCCAAACACCAUGGAAGAACAACAACUUCUCGACCAAGUGAACCAAGUGAACACGUUCAAAGAUUCUCGCGACAACUAUCAAGAACAGCGGUUAUGCCAGAACAUGAUGUUCAGUUAUGGAACACACCCAUUACAAUGCCAGAUACAUUUACUUCACAUGAAAAAUCCACAUACCAAGAUGAUAAUAUUGAAUCUGAACCACGUUAUAAUCUGCGAAAAAGAUCAAAAUCAGAAAAUAUAGAAGAGAGAGCUGAAGAAAUUUUUGAAGAAAAUUUUGAGGAGUUGGGAACAGAAAUACCAGUAAAUCUUGACAAUAUUGAUCUAGAUCCUGAAGAUCUUCAAGGAGCAUCGUUAGAUGAUGCUUUAGAUGCUAUUGAAGGAAAAAAUCUACCAGAACUUUUAGCAAAGUGGCCAAAUGAUGCAUACAGAGAUUUCAUGAGAUUAAUUGUAGAGGGUAAUAUAUCUAACAAAAUUGGAGAUCAAAUAAUUAAAUUCUUUAAUAAAUAUAGCAAUCUGGAAGAAUCUCCAUUACCGAAAUCAACCAAAAAUGGCAAAGACCAUUUCAAUCAAAUAACUUCACCUUCAUUAGACUUCAAAGAAAAAGUUGUUUCAACCUACAGCGGUAUUGACAUUACACUCUACUAUCGUCUCAUAUUUCGCGCUAUUCAAGCUCUUCUGCAACGACCAGAAGAUGAUGGAAGCGAAACAAGAGUGUUUGGUGAGCCAUAUGAAGAUGGGACCACUUUCGAUGGACUGGGCAAGACAUCAGGCCAUCCAGUAUUUUUAACGCUUGGAAAUGUUCCAAAUUGGGUUCGAAACCUACCAGAAUCUAAAAUACUUUUAGGUUUUUUGCCUAAAGUUCAAGAUUCAGGCAUUAAAACUACUGAAAAACCUGAUACGUUAUGUUUUGGGAUUAAUGGACAAGCGAAAACAUUUGCUGCACGAAUUUCUUUUUUUCUCACGGAUAUGCUCGAAGCAGAUGAUGAGACCGCUACAUAUAAAGGAGCGCGAUGUAAAAUGCUAACUCAUGAAAAUAUGAAGGAAAUGGUUAGCGCUGGACAAGGAAAGGAGUAUUCUGUACAUUACGUCAAAAAUACCUUCUGGGAAUUUCCAAAUCUGAAUAUUUACGAAGCGUGCGUUCCCGACCAUAUGCAUCAUAUCGACCUUGGACUUUUUAAAUAUCAACUGGAGUUUACGCAGGAAAUCUUAAAAAAGGUUGGAGGGUUGGAAUUACAGAAGAUUUUCGACAAACGUCUUCGACAAAUUCCACGUUUUCCAGGCCUUAAAUUGUUAAGUAAAAUAGCGAUUUUUGCUUUGGAUGAAAUUUUCAGCGAAGAAAAUGAAAUAACUUGUAAAGAACUUUGUGAACUUUACACGAAGUUUAAUAAAAUGUAUACUAUGAGCAGACAAGAAUCAUAUACCGAAAAUGAACUGAAUAUCUUUGAAGAAGCAAUCAUUGAUUGGUGCAUAGAGUUUAAAAGGAUAUUCUCCCCAUUAUCUACUACGGAUUGCAGUUUUCCAAAGCCUGUCUCUUAUACACAUCUAGAUGUGUAUAAGAGACAGGGCUCGAGCCGAGCUACAGUCUGGCUUGGCUCGGCUUGA